GACAUUAUCAAAAAUCACGCUUAAUCAGUACAAAUGACUGCCUCGGAGGCCGCCGCAUCUAUCGGCGUCAAGCGCGGUCCCAGUCCAUCCUCCGCCGCGCCCACACAACCCAAGCGGCCAAAGGCAGCACAGGCGUGUUUAUCAUGCAGGAAGCACAAAACUCGCUGCGAAAUGCUCGAAGGCGAUAACUCGGGCUCACAUUGUCAUCGCUGCAAAGUCCUCAGUCUCCCUUGCUCAUUCGACGCAACGAAUGCAACCCCCGCGUCUGCGGCAUCCGACUCGGCAUCCACAUCAGCCCUUCUCCCGCCCCAGACUACCCACACCCAGGAUCGCGCCUCCACGACCACCUAUCGCUCAGGCUCCAAAUCCGCGAACCAGAGUGCAAGUCCGUAUGAUCCUCCGUCUACGGGCAAGAAAAGCGAUACUGCCAUGGAAGACGUCAUAACCCCCAGGAGCGAGCGGGGCUGGAUGCCCAGGCAAGAGCCAUACGAGUUCAAGGAAACACCCGACACGAACGAGGUUGAGUUCACCGACCCGGCCAAGCUACUUCCGGAACGACACCGCCCCUGGGGUUUCCUCAAGCUCCCGGGAGGGUUCGACGGCACCAUGGUGCCCAUGCUCGCCAUGCAGGCGCUCACGAGAGCAGGACCGUGGCAAGAGCCAACGGACGACUCGUUCGAGCAGCCGCUCCUCCGGAUACUAGGGCGUGACCAGGUGCAGUCCCUCUGUGACUUGUUCGAGGAACGGUAUGCGCCCUGGGUCAACCUCCCACCAAGCAAGUACACCGAAAGCCCACUGCUGCGUCUCGCGCAGUGCUGUAUUGCCUCACGGCACCUCGAUCCACAGACACGUUCAGUAGUGACACCCCAACUCUACCAACUCGCAGAAGAAAUCCUUUUUAGACAGACGUACAACCCCCUUCCUUCUACCGACUCCAUCCAAGCCAUCCUCAUCCUCUCGAUGUGGGAGCCUGUCGGCGACCCAAGUCAUACGGAAUCAAAAGACAGCCGUCUGAUAGCGUCGUCUGCUGUCAGCAUGGCUAUGAAUCUGCGUCUGAGCGAGGCUAUGGUAUACGCCAAAUCUUUGCGGAACGGAGGCACACAAGCAUCGGAAAGCCAUCAAACAGAGCUCGCCGAGGCGAUGGAUAAAGCACGCUUGUGGUUUGCUCUCACAAGCGUUGAAGCAACUUUAUGUCUAGGGAGCGGCAGAGACCCGAUAUCCAGUUGCGACAGUCUCAUCUACGAGGCUCUUGAAACGUCUUCUCUUGCAUCAGUGGGCUUGGGCCGCGACAUGAGACUAUCACUGGUCAGCCAAAUAUACGCAAGCACCCAAAAAGCCCUUGUCAUCCACCUUGAGAACCUGUCAGAAAUUGGCCCAUUCUAUCGGGACAUGCUCAAUUACCUGAUGCACAUGGAUGUGUUCGAGCGGAUCCUCUCCCCUCUUCCGGUCCUGGCAGAGCACGAGCCAUUCUACUUCCACAUGAUGCAGAUGCACCUCGACGUCUGCCGGCUGCAGGUCCUCACGCAUGCGCUCAUCGAGGCCAAGACCGCGGCGGUCAAGGAUGGCCGCGGCGAGCACUGGUUCAAGCUCGCAGAGCACAACGGCAUCAAUCUCGCGCGCUCGUGGGGGCAGUACGCACUCGUCGUCUCGGAGCGCAUCAUGCUCCUCGUACUCGAGUGCAAGGAGGCGGACAACGGGCGGCUCGCGUCCGCGCCCGACAUCUACUUCAACAUGAUCACGCUCGCGUCAUUUUUUAUUAUCCUCGCCAAGUGGAGCACGCUGCAGGACACGGGCGAGCCGCUGCCCGGCUCGUCGGACAGCCUGCUGGCGCGCACGGUGGAGCGGCUCAGCCAGACCGCGUGUUCGCCCGAGCACCAGCCGGCCAAGUGCGCGCGCGUUAUUAACGCUGGGAUUCUUUCGUUCCGCAAGCGCGCGUCGGGGAGCGACAAGGGCGCGACGCCCGAUGCGUCUGGCGCGUGCGGCACCAACGGCGGCGAGAAACCUAAUGCUGUAGGCGGUAGCGACGGCGGCGUGCGCAAGGGCGAAGGUGACGACAGCGAGGGCGGCCCUAGUGGCGGCGGCGGCGGCGGCGGGAGCGGGAGCAACGCGCCCCACCGCCAGCCGAUCCAGGAACACUUCCACGCGGCGACGCGCGACUUCACGGAGCGCGUCGCGGCGCUGCCCGGGUCGAUGCCCUCCGGGAUGGGCCACGGGCUGCAGGAGGCGGCGUACCCGCAGGUGUACCCGGCGACGUUCCCGAUGCAGGACCCGAGCUACUUUAUGAGCUCGGAUAUCUUCUUGGACAACAACUUUUGGCAGUCGUUCAUGACGAAUAUAUCUGACGGGUCGUCGGGCGGGUAUGCGCCGCAUGGAGGCGGGAGCGGUGGUGGAGGCGGAGGCGGGUAUCAAUGACCUGCACUUAUAUCUGAUUUUGGACACUGGGUGAUAUGCCGUCUGUUUCUUGCUUUUCUUUCCUUGCUGCAUUUGAGAUUGUUUCUUGUAGAUCAUUGCAUCUUUUAUUUGUCCCGUGGUACACCUUCGGCAUAAUUCUACUUGUAAAUUUUGGUUUGUGGGUAUCUCACGGGUGCAGCUGGAGAGGACGCUUUUCUUUUUAGUAGGUUUCUUCGUCCCUGUGUUUGGUUUUGCAAGAUGUACUUUAUGCAGUCUCUUUCAAGUGGACAUGCUUGUGAGAUAGUCAUUAUAUCAUCAUAGGAUCAAAAAUUUGGCUACAGCCCGGCAAGCUUGAAUCAGCGCUUCUUGAGACAUGUAUCUGUUAACGAGUAGAAAAAGAUCUGCGACCAUCCCAAAAACUACGAGUUGUUGUUGAUCUUUUCAUCAAUAACCUCGAUAGUCGGUCGCCCCGAAGCUCUCCGGGGCAACGGUCUGAUGGGUCGUGGUUCGCCGGCAUGUUCGAGGUCCACGUCGGAAUUGGCAUCAGAGGACGAAGGGUCUUCGCUACCGCUGCUCUCCGAGUCGCUGUCGCUCUCGUCUGAUGAGGCAGAUGACGAUGAUGAGUCCAUGUCUUCGUCUUCAUCGUCCUCGUCGUCUUCAUCGUCAGUGCUGCUUUCAGACGCCUCGCCGGGGUUUCGUGACUCGAAGACACCAAGGCCGAGGUCCAUCUCGAUGACCCGCUCGUCUUCGUCGACGUUCUCGAUGUCGGCGGAGCGCGGGUCAGCGCGUAUGCGCUCCGCGAGGGCGUCGUUCUCUGCUUUGAGCUGGGGAAGGAAGGCCUGGAUGCGGUUGAGCAGAUCAUUAUACACCGGGAGGUCAUCCAAGCUCGGUCGGGAGCCAGGGAGGGCU